AUGUCAGAACUCGAAAAGAAUGCUUGGUUAUCAUUCAAAGACCUUGUCAAGAACUUUCUUGGAAAUACACAAGCAAAGAAUUACACCGAAAUUGUCCAGAAACUAUUGGAGAGCUACAAAACGCUCGGUUGCAUCAUGAGCAUCAUGCAAAUACCGAAAGAUGGUACAACCAAAUUCAAGAAGCAUCAAAACUCCGACUGCCACAAGGACGCCUUUGAGCGACACAUACAACUACCGCAGCAGACGAAAGAUGCUGGUGAGAGCCUCUCAGCUGCACAUUCCGAGGAGAAGAUAAACAACCGACACCAGCUGUUAACAAUUCUGAGGAGUAUACAUUUCUUAGCGCUCCAGGGACUGCCUCUACGCGACCAUGAUGAUAGCCAGUCCAACUUUAUCCAGAUACUGAAACUGUAUGGUCAGUCCGAUGAGUCGAUAUUGAAGUGGAUGGAAAAGAAAACCAUGAAGUUCACAUCCGCAGACAUGCAGAAUGAGAUACUACAAGUUAUGGCACCUGGAAUUCUUCGACAGGUCGCUAAGAAUAUCAGAGAUGAUGGCUUUUUUACAAUCAUGGCAGAUGAAACGACUGAUCAGUCUAAUCGUGAACAAGUUGUGAUCGUGCUAAGACAUGUUGAUAGUGACCUAACUGUAUAUGAGGAAUUCACUGGACUGUAUGUGGUGCCAUCUAUUGAUGCACAGACUUUGACACACUGA